AUUGCAACUUCGGACAUGCUGACAAGGACAUGCAGGUUUUACAAACAUCACCAAUUCUUAUUAUAUUUUUUUUUAGAAUCCUGCACUGAAAAAAGUGGAGCAGACUGCUUUUUAGAAAGUUUAAGGAAAGAUCAAAUACUCUGUAACCAAAUGCCCAUGAUGAGUAACCAGCCAUUCAACAUCCCCAGCAUAGCUGAGGAUCUUCGCCGGGAUGAGACUAUUCACCAGAUUGUAGAUUCCCUUGAAUACCUUGACAAGAUUGCCGAUGAAAUCUUCACUCGUAUUCACACCAGAGUCGCAAAUAACCAAGCUAACUUACAAAAAUUAAAUGACAGAGUGAGUCUCGCUGAAGCAAAAAUAAGUAAGAUUAGCGGAAGUAAAAAAGCAACAAAUGUCUUCGCUUCUGCUAAAUAUCCUGCACCUGACACAACAGAAUUUUAUGAAACCGUAUUUAAACCAGAAAAUAAAUUGAAAAGUCCAAAGAGACAGAGUUAUCAUGUACAGGAUAAACAUAAGACUGUAGACGAGAGUGUGUUGAAGGAGAAGCUACAGUAUUAUCAUGUUAAAGGAGGUAGAAAGAAAAAGAACGACCAAAAUCGUGGAGAGGGUCUCGGUGGACUGCCCAGAGAAAUACCAUCUGUCAGUGCCUUACUUCUAUUUAAUACUUCUGAAAAUCCGUAUAAGAAAUAUGUAAUCAAGGAUCCUCUAGGUGUGGUCACUAAGACUAGAACAGCGUUAGAAGAGGAGGAUUCUGGGAUGGCAGAUGCACCAAACACAAUCAAAACAAAUGAAGAGCUGCAGCAUUUACAAGCAGAUAAUUAUUUCUAUGUUCCAGGAAUCGGAGAUGUUCCAGAGCUUGAUUUGCCUAUAGCACUGCCAAAUCUAUUAGGAGUUGCUGAUGAUGUAACAUUCAGUGCUGACCAAGAUAGCUCUAUUGCACCAACUGUGAUGGGUGGUAACAUUCCAGACUUGCCUUCAGUUGUACCAACAACUGAACCUCUACCAGCAGGUCCAGCAUCAGAGGGUGGACCACCGCCCCCACCGUCUGGACCUCCCCCGCCGGAACCACCACCACCUCCACCCCCUUCUGGGGCUCCACCCCCACCACCACCGCCACCACCACCAGGUCCUCCUCCACCUGGUGCCCCGCCUCCACCCCCACCCAGUGGGGCUGGAGCUCCGCCUCCUCCUCCACCUACUGAUGUUCCACCUACAGUAAGCAGUGGAGAUGGAGGGCGCACAAGUUUAAUGGAUGCUAUAAGAAAAGCUGGAGGAACAAAAGGGGCAGGGCUUAAGAAUGCAAAGGACAAACACGAUGAAAAGAAAAAGAAGAAAAAGGAGGAGAAACAGAGUUCAGGCGGUGCUAGUAAAGGAGGCGGAGAUUUAAUGGGUGAUCUAUUUGCUAAGUUGACUAUGAGAAGAAAAGGUAUAUCUGGAUCAGGCAAAACUGGGGACGGGGGAGGUGGAAAGAGCGAGGGUGCAGGAGUCGGUGAUGCGAUGGACAAAAUAUCAUCAAUGAUUCCCGCACCACCAAAACCUGCGGAGAGUAGCAGUCCAACAGGUGGUGAUGAAGAAGAGGACUGGGAAUGAUAAGUUAGAAUAGAUAGUGAUAAUUUGUGCAAUAUGUGAUAUUGAAUUGUGCUAAAUUUUGAUUAAUGUAUGAAAGUUUGUUUUGUUUGUUUAUUAAGGUAAACCAAAUAAUUAAUGAUUCUUUUUU